AUGCAGAUCGAGGAUUAUCGAAACCGAAGGAUGUCUCUAGCAGAGUACAAUGACUUUCACUCGAUUGACAGGGAACUGUAUGCAACUCUUGUAUACGAUCUAUGGCGUGACCCCAUUGAAGCUAUACAAAUGAUGGCCAUAUGGAUCUGGUUUGAGAGGAUGAGCAUCGGGUUUCCUAACUUAACUCGGAGAAUCCUAACUCUCCCUUUUCAGUGGAUCGACAAGAUUGGAGAUGAAGCCUUGUUGUGUUGGGCAUGCAUUGAUAACAUAUCUCUCUUGUUUUCCGCUUCAGUUAUGGAUUUUCCUUUGACCAGUUUACUCCUCAAAAAAGAUAUGCCCAUUGAGUUCUUACGCAAGUUCCGAGAGGUUUCUAUUGUUGGUAUCAAUGACGUUAUCACUAUUGUUUGUGCUACUUGUUUCAAGGAUAUAUGGGAUGGAGCCAUUGCUAGAAAUGCCCACAUGGAUCUACUUCAAUGCAUGAGUAGCAUCGAACCUGUAACUCCAACCAAAACGACGAAGACCCAACCAGACGAUCGGACUUUGUUUGUAACCUUUUCGAGAGGGUACCCUGUGGCUGAGUGGGAAGUAAGAGAGUUCUUUAAUGGACUCUUUGGAGAUUGUAUUGAGUCGUUUUACAUGCAAGAAGCCGCGGCGGGUGAACACGCUUUGUUUGCUAAGAUUGUGUUGAAUAACAUAUCCUUCAUUCAUGCAGUUCUCAGCGGUGGAACGAAAGCAAAGUUUACCAUUAAUGGAAAGCAUGUAUGGAUGCGAAAGUUCAUCCCCAGAGACCAGAGAGGAUGA